AUGGAGUUGAAAGAAAUUAGCUUAUGGAAUGUAUGCUACAACCGGCUUGGGAAUGGGCAAGAGUUUGUUAGCUUUUCAACUUCACUUGACGGAUUAACAGUUCGUACUGAAAUUCAUCAACCUCCUCAAGCUGCUCAUAUGUCAGAAACUUUCCGAGUUCUUUGUGAACCGCUGAUUUCCCUUUGUCGUGAAAGCUUCUCAUUUGAAGAAUUGAUGCAGCCUCAAACUUUUAUUUCCGAAGUCAUCCACCCAGCAAUUCUCGAAGAAUUGUUGGGUACAAAAAUUUCUUAA